UUCCUAACCUAAUCUAUACGUGUGCAUUGUUUAGUCGCCAAGUAAUCACACGUCAGACGUUGGACGUUGUUAUUCAGAAGCAAAAUUGAUUAUACGUUCGUUAAAGUUUUACGUUGACUACAAUAAAAGAAGAAAAAUGUCAGACGUUCGAGAUUGGUUGAAUUCUUUACCAUUUUUCACAAGAUAUUGGCUAUUAUGUACAGGUUUCUUUACAUUAAUCGGUAGAUUCGGAUUGAUCAGUCCAACAACAUUAAUACUUACGUACGAUCGUUUCAUUAAUCGCUUUGAGAUAUGGAGGGCAGCGACCAGUGUUUUCUUUUAUCCUCUCGAUCAGGGUACAGGAUUUCAUUUCCUGAUCAAUUGUUAUCUUCUGUAUAUUUAUUCGAUGAGGUUAGAACGUGGAGAAUAUGAUGGACGACCAGCAGAUUAUUGCUAUCUACUGUUAUUCAAUUGGAUAUGCUGCAUCAUCAUAGGACUUCUCUGUGAAUUCUAUGUUUUAAUGGAUCCCAUGGUACUUAGUGUAUUGUAUGUCUGGUGCCAAUUGAAUAAGGAUGUUAUUGUUAACUUCUGGUUUGGUACACAAUUUAAAGCAAUGUACUUGCCAUGGGUACUGUUUGCUUUUAAUCUCAUUAUUUCUCGAGGUGGCAUGAUGGAACUGUUUGGUAUUCUCGUUGGACACCUUUAUGUAUUUUUGAAAUUCAAGUACCCCCAAGAAUUUGGUGGUCCACAAUUAUUAAACACUCCCAAAGUACUUGAAUCAUAUUUUCCACCUAAGAGGGGCGGAAUCAGAUGGUUUGGAGCACCUCCUGCUCAAAGAGCACAAUCCAAUGCGCAACCUAACAGAAACAUAUUUAACGGUCAUAACUGGGGAUCAGGACAUGUUCUAGGACAAUAAACUACUAUUACCUGUAAUUUUAUCAAAGGAAAGUUAUUUUCUGUAUCAUAAUUCUUUCUAGUACUGUUUCAUUCUGAUUACAUUUAUUUCAAACGACAUGGUAAUAUAAACAGUAUAUGAGCUCAAUCCAUUAAUUAAAAAUGUUUAAAAUAAGUAAAUUAUAAAAUUCUCUAUAUCAGAUGAUGUUUAUUUGUAAAGAGCUACUAGAGUAUUUGUAAUUUUAUAAUUAAAUUUUGUAAUAUAUAAAUACAUUUUAAUCAUCAGUG